AAAAUCAGUAAUAAUAUUUCUAGUAUUACCGUUCACACGCUUAUUGAUACAUGCACAAUUUUUGUCUCUAAUUUUAUAUUCAACGGACAUUUAAAGCGUAAAUAUGUUGCUGUCCAAGCAGGAAUUAGCAAAUACAUUAGUAAUUGUCACCAAUUCUAACGCUGCUGGACAGUGUAAAAGAGAACAUAAUAUACCUAAUGCGAUCUUUUAUAAAGGUCGUAAAUUAUUUGUUAAUAACGAUUUGCAACCUCCAUAUACAAGAUUCCAUCCAUCUUGGAUACUUUGAAAUACCAGAAAGAUGGGUGCUCGUCGUUCUGGAUCAAGUUGGAUUCGCAGCAAUACUGGUAUUCUCAAAGAACGAGCAAACAUGUCUUUCAUGCUUGUAGUUAUGUUCUUUGCUGUAUUUGGACUAAUUGUCCUCACAGAGAUCUUUUUAAUUGACGAUAAGCAUAGCGGUGGUAUCAGUAGUGGACUUAAUGGGCAUCGUUUUGGUCCUAAAUUAUCCUCUGCUCCAGACCGACCAGAUUAUGAAGAAAUCGGCCUAGUCGACUACACAAGUUUAAAAGGUGGUCUUGAAGAGCGUUUGAGUAUGUUGGUCCGAGGAGCUGAGUUGAAGGGAGCUCUCGCAGCUGCUAUGCCUAUCGAUCCUAGAAGUCUUUCGAGUAUCCCUAUAAAUCUGGAAGCUCGACUACCUCAAUUAGACAAGAGCUUACGAAUUACGCAUGCAGAAUGGUUACCAGUUACAAAUACCAGAUUCAAAUUUUUCGUAUAUUCCGCUUAUUAUGAUGAAAGAGUUGGGGGUGGAAUCAUUAGAAAUCAUGGAUCGAAUUCUGGUGUUAUACGUGUUAUUGGAGCUACGAAAACAAGAGGUCCCGAAAAAGUCUGGUGCAGAUUAUGGUAUCUACACAACUCCAACAAUAUAACAACUUCUAUAACUGUUGCAGCUAAAGUCAAGGUUAUUCGAGAAAAUUGGAAUUUGAAAUACAGCGCGUGCUUUGUGAUCUGUCCAUUGCCAAAGGAAUCACAUUCAUUAUCAACAGAGCAAAUACCAGAAGCUGUUAGUAUCGUGGCUAGGUUAAGAGCAUCACCAACUAAUAGAAUAGUUGUACAGAAUCGACCUGUCGACAGACCGAAGCAUCGACAAUCCCUUGCAGUCUGCAUUAAACCAUUGCACUAUGAUUACAAUAGGGUUCUUCAAUUAGUAGAAUUUAUUGAGCUUCACAAGAUCUUAGGUGCAAGCCAUGUGACUUUAUACAACGACUCUCUUGGUAGCGAUGCAGGCUGUGCUCUCAAUUAUUAUGAAGGCAAAGGUCUAGUGACACUCCUGCCUUGGCAUCACUUGGACAUGAUUUCUCAGCGUGAAAUACGUACCGAAGGGCUUUUUGCUGCUCUCAAUGACUGCCUUUAUCGAUCCAUGUAUACCUACGAGUACCUUGCUCUACUUGAUCUUGAUGAAUUCAUCAUACCUCGUCAUGAGGAUACUAUACUUGAUCUUAUAAGAUUGAUCAGUCGACGUUCAAGUAGUAAAACGGCAAGCGCCUAUUCCUUCCAGAAUGCCUUUUUCUACCUCCAAUGGCCAGAUGAUCCCUAUGUAACAACUCGUCGAAAUAUCGAAGCUAGUCUCGUUACUCUCCGCAAAACUCGACGUCGAUCAAAACUUCAUCCUCACAAACAACGGAGUAAAUAUGUAUGUCGUCCACGCGACAUUAUAGAAACCGGUAAUCAUUUUGUUUGGGAAUUCAUACCAGGUCACGGAGCCGUAAAUGUCCCCGCAGAUGAGGCAAUUUUACAUCACUAUAGAGUUUGCGAAUUUGGAGGUGACGACUGCAUCAAGACCGCUUCAGUAAUUGAUCGUACAGCAUAUAAGUAUCUUGAUAAAUUAGCAGAACAAGUUGAAAUUACCUGGCAACAACUAAUUAAAAUGUGUCCCAACAUACCAAAUUUGAAACCUGUGACUUUUGAAGUUUCCAAAGCUGCGCAUAAUGAAUUAAAUAUUAGAAAAAGUGCGAGGUAGCAGGAAAUACAAUUAAUCCCAAGAGAUAUUCGUUUCUUUCUGCAUCAUCGGCGAGUCCAAUCUCGUUCAAACGUGCUUUUACAAUAGUACGUAAAAAGAAGUUACAUGACUCAAACCUUUCCAACGAGUACUUUUUGUUUUUUUUUAUAAUCGAAUUAUUGCCUUUUAAUACUUGU